UGUAUUUUGAGGUUAUAUCGGUGUUUAUUGUUUUGUGUAUGAAUAUUUUUUUUGUAUUCCUAUCAGAUUUUUGUAGAAAUUAAACCCAAAAUCUGAGACAAAAUGAUAUCAGUACAAGGAAUCAAUCAGUCAGGGAUUCCUGACAAAAUGUGGCAGCCACCAUUCGUACAGUUUGAAACUACGAUGGGAGAGUUUACAGUGGAGUUAUAUUGGAAGCACUCUCCCCAAACAUGUCGGAACUUUGCAGAGCUUGCUCGAAGAGGCUAUUAUAAUAAUACGAUAUUUCACAGGGUUAUAAGAGAUUUUAUGAUACAAGGAGGCGAUCCAACAGGAACGGGUAAAGGAGGACUUUCCAUAUAUGGACAGACUUUCAGAGAUGAAAUACACACAGAUUUGAAACACAGUGGAGCUGGUAUAUUAUCAAUGGCCAACUCUGGCCCUGAUACAAACGGAUCUCAAUUCUUCAUAACCCUUGCUCCUACUCAGUGGUUAGACGGAAAACAUGCUAUUUUCGGAAGAAUACACUCUGGUAUGAAUAUUGUAAAAAGGAUAGGGCUGGUAGAGACUGACCGAAAUGAUAGGCCUGUUGAUGAGAUCAAGAUACUCCGAGGAAAGAUCUUGAAGAAUUAACUGGAUCAUAGGUUACUUAUUUAUCUUCUCCCAUUUUCAUUUGUUACUAUAAAUAAUCAAUAAACUAAAAAGUUUCCAUCAGAUUUGAAAACAGCUGAUCAUUUAUAAUGAGGGUUUGAGGGUUUUUAAACAAUCAUUUCAGAUUUAUUGAAGAUUUCUCAUCAAAAAUGUUACCAAAAUAAUAAUAAUAAAUGUCAAUAUUUGAUGAAUACCAUAGAGCCGUCGACCAAAGUCCUUCAACCAGUGUACAAUUUUUAAAUAUUUACAGUGAUUUUUACACAUGCUUACAUAAUAGACUUGAGGUACAUUAUAUUUCUGGAAAAAAAAGUAUUAUAAAUUAAAAGAGUGAUUUGAUAUUUUC